AUGCCAGUCAACACUAACACAAGUCAGGUUUCGGUAGUCGGAGAAGUAUCGAAGGUAAAAGUAGGUCAGACGUGGUGCGUCGCGAACGGGAAAGCCGAUGAGAAGAAGUUACAAGCGGCGUUGGAUUAUGCUUGCGGAGAGGGUGAGGCUGAUUGUAGCCCUAUCCAACCUGGCGCGACGUGUUAUAAUCCGAACACACUCGAAGCACAUGCUUCAUACACUUUCAAUAGUUAUUAUCAGAAGAACACACAUGCGACUGGCACAUGCGAGUUCGGUGGUGCGGCUUAUGUGGUCACCCAACGUCUUACAUAUGGGAAUUGUGAGUUUCCAACAGGGGAUUGA